AUGAGUGAUACACCUGUUACUUCAGAGUCCAGCUCAAGGCCCAGGAUCACACACUCCACUAGACAACUCAUUGAUAGAAUGAUCACUCAUUAUGAGAAAGCUCCUGACUUGCAAGAUGAGGCUGAGAUCAGUUUUCAUCAGAGUAUGGAAUUUGAUGAUGAGACAACAGAGAAACUUCAGGACAAAGGAAAGCAGAGUCAAUCUCAACAUUCAUCUGCAGAAUCUGUUCAUUUCAACUCAUCAAAUCCUUCACCAUCUCUCAUCUCUGAAAUGCUGACUUUUAAUGAUGAUCUGAAUCAACCUAUCUAUUGCACCGCAGGCAAUCUUAUGAAUCUUAUACAGAUGAUGCUACAGAACCAGAUGGCUGCAGCUGAAAUCACUCAACAUCUCACUACAUCUACACAAAGAGACAUCAUGAGGGAUGAGUUGUGGGAAUACCAGAAGGAAGUCAAAUAUGCACUAGACAUCAAAUCAGUGAUCACAUUUGAUGGCUCUAAUUAUGAAGCCUGGUGUAUGCUAUCAAGUCUUGUUGGAAACAUUCAAACUACUAUUGAAACCUUGAAAGCUGACAAUGCUGCGGCCCUGUGA